AUGGCGGCGGAGAAGCUGCGGGAUCUUAGCCAGCCAAUUGACGUACGGCUGCUCGACGCCACCGUCUCAGCGUUCUAUGGCACCGGCUCCAGAGAGGAGAGGCAUGCGGCAGAUCAAAUCUUGCGUGAGCUGCAGAAUAAUCCAGAUAUGUGGCUACAAGUGGUUCACAUUCUGCAGAACUCCCAAAAUUUGAAUACCAAGUUCUUUGCUCUCCAAGUACUUGAAAAUGUUAUCAAAUAUAAAUGGAACGCUUUGCCAGUGGAACAACGUGAUGGUAUGAAGAAUUAUAUAUCUGAUGUCAUUGUUCAGCUCUCAAGCAAUGAGGUUUCCUUUCGACAAGAGAGACUUUAUGUCAAGAAGCUCAACAUUAUUCUGGUGCAGGUUUUAAAGCAUGAGUGGCCUGCCAGGUGGACAACCUUCAUCCCUGACCUUAUUGCAGCAGCAAGGAGUAGUGAAACAAUAUGCGAGAAUUGUAUGGAAAUACUGAAGCUGUUAAGUGAAGAAAUUUUUGAUUUCUCAAGAGGGGAAAUGACGCAACAAAAGAUCAAAGAGCUGAAGGGUUCACUAAAUAGUGAAUUUCGUCUUAUUCAUGAGCUCUGCUUAUAUGUCCUGUCUGUGUCACAAAGAUCUGAACUUGUUCGUGCUACAUUGGCCACACUUCAUGCUUUCCUGUCAUGGAUCCCCAUCGGUUUCAUAUUUGAAUCACCUCUGCUGGAGACACUUUUGAAGUUUUUCCCUAUUGCUGCUUACCGGAAUCUUACACUUCAAUGCCUAACAGAGGUUGCUGCUCUUCAUUUCGGUGAUUUCUAUGACAUGCAAUAUGUCAAGAUGUAUGCAGUCUUUAUGGUGCAGCUGCAGGCUAUUCUUCCUUGUGGAACAAUUUCAGAUGGCUAUGCCAAUGGUUCUAAUGAAGAACAGGCAUUUAUCCAAAAUCUUGCACUUCUUUUGACAUCCUUCUUCAAGAAUCACAUGCGCAUACUGGAAACAACUCCUGAAAAUAGAGCUGCAUUGCUUUUGGGCCUUGACUACCUCAUUGAAAUUUCAUUUGUUGAUGACACAGAGAUGUUUAAGGUCUGCUUGGAUUACUGGAAUCUGUUUGUUCUAGAAUUAUUUGAAACAUACAACCAAGUGGAGCGAUUGAUGGAACUUCAGACUCAGCGGAUUCCUGGAACUGAUGAUGGUACGCUCAUAGCUGUUCAACAGAGGAGGCAACUUUAUGCAGGAUCACUUUCGAAGUUAAGAACGUUAAUGAUCUGUCGGAUGGCAAAGCCAGAGGAGGUUUUGAUUGUUGAAGAUGAGAAUGGGAAUAUUGUACGAGAAACAUUGAAAGAUAAUGAUGUCCUUGUUCAGUACAAGAUCAUGAGGGAAACACUAAUAUACUUGUCACAUCUUGAUCACAAAGAUACAGAACAGCAGAUGUUGAGGAAAUUAAGCAAGCAAUUAAACGGUGAAGACUGGAGCUGGAAUAACUUAAAUACUCUAUGCUGGGCAAUUGGAUCCAUUUCUGGUUCUAUGGUGGAGGAACAGGAAAACCGGUUUUUGGUAUUGGUUAUUCGUGAUUUGUUGAAUCUUUGUGAGAUUACGAAAGGGAAAGAUAACAAAGCUGUGAUAGCAAGUAAUAUUAUGUAUGUUGUGGGGCAAUACCCAAGGUUUCUAAGGGCGCACUGGAAGUUUUUAAAAACAGUGGUCAACAAAUUAUUUGAGUUCAUGCAUGAGAUGCAUCCUGGAGUUCAGGAUAUGGCAUGCGACACUUUCCUGAAAAUUGUUCAGAAGUGCAAGCGCAAGUUUGUGACACUCCAGGUGGGUGAGAAUGAACCAUUUGUUUCUGUGCUGUUGUCCAACCUUCCUACCACAAUAGCAGAUCUUGAGCCUCAUCAGAUCCAUUCGUUCUAUGAAUCGGUUGGUCAGAUGAUUCAAGCUGAAUCUGACAAUACUAAGAGGGAGGAGUAUCUCAAGAGAUUGAUGAGCCUACCUAAUCAGACGAACACAGGUGUUGCAUGCUCACUUGGACCUUAUUUUUUCCCACAAAUUUCAGUUAUCUUCCUGGACAUGUUGACAGUGUAUAGAAUGUACAGUGAACUGGUGUCAAGCACUAUUUCUGAAGGAGGGCCUUUUGCUUCAAAGACAUCAUUUGUAAAACUUCUGAGAUCAGUAAAGAGGGAGACAUUAAAAUUGAUCGAGACUUUUCUGGACAAAGCCGAAGAUUUACCACACUUGGGGAAACAGUUUGUUCCCCCAAUGAUGGAUCCUGUUCUAGGUGAUUACGCUAGAAACGUGCCUCAUGCAAGAGAAUCUGAAGUUUUGUCAUUAUUCGCGACAAUUAUAAACAAGUACAAAGGUGAGAUGCUUGAGGAAGUUCCUCGCAUUUUUGAGGCUGUUUUUCAGUGUACUCUGGAGAUGAUCACCAAAAACUUUGAAGACUAUCCUGAGCAUCGCCUUAAAUUUUUCUCCUUGCUUCGUGCCAUUGGUACACAUUGUUUCCAAGCUUUUAUUCAGCUCUCUAGUCAGCAACUAAAGCUUGUUAUGGAUUCCAUAAGUUGGGCAUUUCGACAUACAGAGAGAAAUAUUGCUGAGACCGGUCUAGGCCUGUUAUUGGAAAUUUUGAAGAACUUCGAGGCUUCAGGGUUCCAAAAUCAGUUCUACAAGACAUACUUCUUAAAUAUUGAGCAGGAGAUAUUUGCAGUGCUCACAGACACAUUCCACAAACCUGGUUUCAAGCUUCAUGUUUUUGUGCUUCAACAUUUGUUCUAUGUGGUUGAUGGUCUAACGGAGCCUCUCUGGGAUGCCUCAGCAGUUCCUUCUCAAUUCACAAAUAAUGCAAUGUUUGUUCGAGACUACACUAUUAAACUUCUCAGCUCAUCCUUUCCUAACAUGACGCCUGUAGAGGUAGCAAAGUUUGUUGAUGGACUUUUUAGUUCAAAAACUGAUCCUCCCAAUUUUAAGAAUCAUAUAAGGGAUUUUCUUGUUCAAUCUAAGGAGUUCUCUGCCCAGGAUAACAAGGAUCUAUAUGCUGAAGAGGCUGCUGCUCAGAGGGAAAAGGAACGCCAACGUAUGCUUUCCAUUCCAGGGCUCAUCGCCCCGAAUGAAUUGCAGGAUGAGAUGGUGGAUUCAUAG